CUUUAUGUUGGAACUCAAAUGUUACGAAGAGCGAAUUUUUUCUCAGAAAAUAUUGGAUCUUGGAAAAAGAACCUUUGCAGUAUUUGCAUCUCAAUGGCAGCAAAAGUUGGAGUCUUGACAAUCAGAGGAUUGGAAGAUAUGUUCAUACCCAUGUUAAGAAAAUGCAAUAAAAUGGAACGAUUGAAAAGAAUUCAAGCCCAAAUGGUGAAGUUUUCACUGUCACAAAGCAAUUUCUUGGCGACUAGGAUGGUAGAUAUUUGUGAUCAAAAUGGAGAAAUAGAGCAUGCAAGUCUGUUGUUCAAACAAGUUGUUGAACCAAACAUUUUCUUGUACAAUGCUAUGAUUAGAGCCUAUACACACAAUCAUAUGUAUAUAGUGACCAUCAAUGUAUAUAAGCAAAUUCUAAGUCAUAAAGGAUUUGAAGAGCCCAUAUUGCCUGAUAGAUAUACAUACCCUUUUGUUAUUAGGUCUUGUGGAGGACUUCUGAAUGUUUCUUUAGGAAGGCAAGUCCAUGGGCAUGUGUUCAAAUUUGGGUUGAAGUGUACAUAUGUUAUAGAAAAUUCAUUAUUGGAUAUGUAUGUCAAGUGUGUUGAAAUGACUAAUGCUCAUAAUGUGUUUGAGGAAAUGACUGAAAGGGAUGUGAUUUCUUGGAAUAGUCUUAUUACUGGGCACAUAAAGUUGGGUCAAAUGAGAAGAGCCAGAGCAUUGUUUGACGAGAUGCCUAAUAAGACUAUUGUUUCAUGGACAACAAUGAUUUCUGGGUACACGAAAAUUGGGUGCUAUGGCGAUGCAUUGGAUGUUUUUCGGGGAAUGCAGAUGGUGGGGAUGCAGCCUGACUGGAUCAGUUUAGUUGCUGUUUUGCCGGCUUGUGCUCAACUGGGAGCUCUAGAGCUCGGAAAAUGGAUUCAUUUUUAUGCUGAUAAAAAUGGGUUUUUGAAGAAGACUUGUGUAUGCAAUGCAUUGAUUGAAAUGUAUGCAAAAUGUGGAAGUGUGAACCAAGCUUGGCAGUUGUUUAGUCAGAUGCCAGAGAGGGAUGUUAUCUCUUGGAGUACUAUGAUUGCUGGGUUAGCAAAUCAUGGGAAGGCUCUCGACGCCAUUGAAUUGUUUCUGGCAAUGCAGAGGAAAAAAGUUGAACCAAAUGAGAUCACUUUUGUUGGCCUUUUAUCAGCUUGUGGACAUGCUGGUUUACUCGACGAGGGACUGAAAUACUUCGACUCAAUGAGAGAUGAUUAUAAUAUCGAGCCAGGAGUUGAGCAUUAUAGCUGUUUGGUCGAUCUUCUGGGGCGUACAGGACAUCUCGAUCGAGCUCUUCAACUUGUAAAGAGCAUGCCAAUGAAGCCAGACGCAGCAAUAUGGGGUUCUUUAUUGAGUUCCUGCAGAACACACCGUCGUCUCGAGAUCGCAGUUAUUGUGAUGGAAAAUCUCUUAGAGCUUGAACCAGAAGACACGGGGAACUUUGUUUUGCUUGCAAAUAUUUAUGCAGAUCUUGGAAAAUGGGAUGGUGUUUCAAGAAUGAGGAAAUUCAUUAGAAGAAAAAGCAUGAAGAAAACCCCUGGCUGCAGUUUGAUUGAGGUUAACAAUUCGGUUCAGGAAUUUGUAUCAGGUGAUGAUUCGAAGACGUUCUCCAAAGAUGUAUAUCAAAUAUUGGAGUCACUGGCUUUGGAUCAGACCACAGGAAGUGAUCUGAUUGAAACCAUGUUUGAGGAUCAAGGUUGGUUUGCAUUUCAAUAGAGUACGUUUUCAUCGUUUGCUUAGUUACAAUCAAGUUAAGCAGAACUCAUCCUUAAAACCUUAAAAUCGGACGAUAAGGGGAGGGUGCUCUAGUGGUUCUAUAAGCCCACAAGUUAAGCGCUAACUUAGCACUACAAAACAAAUAGUCUUUACAUUUUACUUCUCCUUCGAAAACUGGCGUCACAACAGCUCAUAUAUCAUCUAGAUGGCUUCACAGAAUUAGUCCAAUACUGAAAGUAACCCUUUCCAAGUCUUCACUUCUGUGGCGAGGAUCAUCUCCAGAAGGGUGAAGAUAAUGGGUUCUUUUGUCUAGGGUUCUUGUCUCUGAUCAACCAUACUGAAUAGCUCGGCCUUUGAAUAAAGUCGUGGUUAUUUAGAGCAAAGCAAGAGUUCAGACAUUUUUUUGAUGUUAGAUGGAGAAGAUAACACAGCUCAAAUUUUCUUCAACGGACAUGCCCCAACUCAGUAUAGCACUCGAGGCAAAUGGAGAACUUUCUGGUUCACUCGGAAUUAUGAUUCUUCAAAGAGGAAUUUCCUGCUGAAACUUGGAACAUAUGACAUGGGAUGGUAUUCCAGUCGAAGAAUAAAGUGCAAGUGCCUGUUUCUAGCGAAAUAGUUUUUAUUAUAAUAAGCGGUAAUGACUAGACCUCAAUCUUUUAAAGAAUUUAACAUUGGUGCCCUAUUUGGUUUUAAU